AUGCUGCCGAAUAACGAGGUUCGCGUGCCCCCGCCGCGGGCGGCUGCGCAGUCGGCUGUUCCGCGCGACAUCACCGCCGACUUUACGGAGGCCUCCUCGAAACUGCGGACCGGCCAGCUCGUCAAGGAUGAAACGUUCACGCUCUUUGAGGCCGUGGGCGCAUUGGAGAUCAUGGACUCCAAGAUGGACAGCGGCUAUAUAGCGCCGGGAGAGAACCAGGCGCAGGCGCUGGAAGACAAUUACGAUGUGCGACGGGAUUUGACACCGAAGCAGGUUGUGGGGUUGAUGGACCAAUUGCUUUGUCAUGAGAUGGCAUGGCAUAUGGGCCACCCUCUUUCCCAGACUCUCUUUACGUCCAUCUACAUCGACAAGCUAUUAUGGCCCGUACCGAGAACAAUGGAAGAUGCGCGGUUUGAUCGCGUGCCCAGCGAAUCGCCACUGGUCAGCCACGUCCUUCGCGCAUAUUGCCUUGCACUGAUAAAGUCAUGCGACUUUGUGCAUGCGCGUGUGGCUUCCGAAUAUUUUUAUGAGGAAGAAGACUUCGUUACUCAAUUAUACAACCGCUCCCUAUUAUCCGCUUUCGACUCAUCGCAUUUCUAUCGCCUGCUGGACCAGGCGGUGGAUUGGGUUGAGGUCGAGGAAGGAAUAGACCAAAAGGUUCGAGAUGCCAUUCGGAGCAGGCUGCUGCUUCGCCGGGACUUUUUGGCUUCAGUGGACCAGGAUCUCGAAAUCUUGGAUACCAGGUCAACAGAUAGCUUUAUGUCAUGCUUAUCCCAUUUGAAGGCUUUGGCUGAGACCGUAUCUCUGGGGACAACGGUGCCGGAGGCCUUUAGCCUGAAGCUUCAGCGGAAGCUUGCCAGCACUGUGCCGCCUCGUCCAAUUGUCCACAUCAAGCACGAGGAUGCUUUUGCGCACAUGAAGCGGCUAUGUCAAGAUGCAAUUGACUUGCAACAGAUACUCGACUAUCGGGGUCCAAGCAACUUCAAGACCGCCGUGUGGACGUUACUCUCCCGAAAACCCCAGCCGUCGGUCUAUAUUCGAUCGCUUCUCCAGGCCCUGAUCGUGAGCGACUUGACAAUUCUUGGGGCUGUUUCUGUCAAACAAUUUCUCUAUGACGACCUUGCGGAGCUCGUCUUGCCAUCAAGUAUAUUGCUUCGAGCGAACACUGAUGAGGUAGAAGUACCGUCAGAUCCACGUUUCCAAAUUGCCCAACAGAUGGAAGGAUUUGUGAAACGCUUUGCUCAGCCUUUUGUGGAUACUGUACGAUGUGCCUGCUUGAACCGAUGUCGGAUCCGUCGAACCAUCUGCCACACUGUUAUCGACUGGGACAAUCUGCAGAUGGAGGCCGAGGAGCUCGACCUUCAGCUUCAGAACCUCAGCGCCGAGCCUGCAUUGCAAUUUCCGGGCGGAGAAGCUACCUUUUCAUACCCACUUAGUAGCUGGGCCUACCAUCAAAAACUUAUCCAGCUCCGACUCAUCCUGCAAAUGGGAUUCGAGCUAUCGAUCUACGCCCCCGAAGAGCUCCCUGGCGUGUAUUGGUACCUGUCACACAUCUGCUCCACCCAUCUGGCCCACCUUGAUCGGAUUCGCACCUUCAUUGUGGCAGCUAGAAAGCGCGAUCUAGUGUCAAGCAGUAGUCGCGCCGAAAAUCCUGCGCAGACGUCUCCUGCAUUCCACAAAUCAUUUCUUUAUCUUGAGAGGCUGACAACGCAUAUAAUUGCGAUCGAUGCUUUCGCGAUCGCCCUCCACGCCCUCUAUGUUCUGCUGGCUCGACACAAUGUGCUUCCAUCUGCUUCGAGCCCCGAGGCCUACUCGAGUGACCGACUACGCUACGAGCUCCGCAUGAAGCCCUUUAUGCCCAUCUCUUUACCCGAGCUGGUCCCGUAUGAGGAGUACCAGCGUGAGGCCACGCUGGACGGCGAUGCGGACACUACCAUUUUGGACCGUGCUUCCAAGGCCAUCACCGAGGCCCGAAAGGCAUGGGAGGCGACUCUUGCUAAUGGUGCCUUCAGUGAGGAUGUCUCCUCACCCACCAGAGAACCGUCGAUCGCCAUCGAGGAAGACUGGCGCCGCGACAUCAAGGACACCAUGCGCGCCUGCAUCGGGGCCAGCAUUGCGAUUGAGACCGUCAAGAAGGCCCUCUUGGGCGAUUCCCCACCUUCCGAGAAGAAGCCGGUAAAUCUUCAGGUGGUGAUCCCCGAGAUUGGCUCGAAGACGCAGUGGCAUGACUGGUGGAUCGUGCCGCAGAUUUCGGAAAAUAAAACCGCAAACCCCCCUACCUCUUGA